GUGGGACUCCAUCUGCCCGUCACUCCACGUGUCCGAACUCUGCCGCCUUCUGACAGGGACACUAGCCCACCUAGACAAGAGGCACAGUAGCUGUCACUGGCUCUCAGACUGAGGUGGACAUCUCAGAGGGUCAUUAUGACAAGUCAGUGCUGGGGAUGAAAUCCAGGGCCUCUUCCUACAAGGCCACUAGCCCCUGGCCUUGACCUAGAGGUCCUCCUGCCUCAGCCUCCCUCGCAGCUGGCAUCACAGUCCAGAGAGACGGGCAGAGUGGACCAUGGGUUCCCGAUGCGCCAAGCUCAGCACGGGCCACGGCACCGGCCAGGGCACGGGCCACAGCCGGGGCCACGAGUCGUCCAUGAAGAAGCUGGUGGCCUGCGUGAGCCAGGAUAACUUCUCCCUGUCGUCAGAGGGGGAGGGGGAGGAGGAGGAGGAGGACGAGGAGGAGGAGGACGAGGAGGAGGAGGAGGACGAGGAGGAGCAGCUCCCCGUGCAGGGCCAGCUGCUGCUGAUGGAGCCCGAGAGGCAGGAGGGGAGCGCCGAGGACAGCCCGGGGGCCCCGCAGAGCCCCGAGGCCAAGCAGACGCACGCCUAACGCCAGAGGCCCGGGAAGGUGCCCGCCGCCGCACUCCUCACCGCCAGAUGCCCAGCAGGGGUGCCCGCCGCCGGCCCAGCGAGAACCUCCAGAGAAGAGUCAAUAAAAUGUCCCCCAGGAGC